AUGCAAGGAGAAACCACGAAGAAGAGGAAAUUUUCGGACGAAAAACAGACAGGUGAUUCAAUUGAAAUUCGAAAUUUUGUUCCCAAAUUCUUUCGGCUCAUUUUUUUUUGAAAAAUGAAAUGUCAAAAACUAUACUCACUAUUUCCUGUCGAUAAAAAUUUUAAAAAUGACAUUUUUUGGAAAUGAUAAAUGAUUGAGAGGUCAGAUAAGAAUGACGUGGAAUUUAGAAUCACAUUUCAUUGAUGUUUUUUUGAAUUUUUAAUCAAGAGCUCUAGAGUUCAAUAUUCGUAUUUCCAGAUUCAAUUUCUUUAAUUGAAAAAAAUACUCAUGUAUUCAUCAAAACAUAAACCCAGAGCCAUUUCAUUUUCCUUCCUUCCAUCUGCGUCUCUCAAAUGUCAUUUUCUUUUUUCCCAGCCGGCGUCUUCAAAAACCAACAAAAAAUUGAAUGAAAUGAAAUGUCGUGCUUUCUGGGUUCUCUUUUUCUCUCCGCUUUUUUUUGCUUUUAUAUCUGAUUUGAUUCUUUUUAGCUUACUCAUACAUAGUUAUUGUUAUUUAUUAUUAUGAAAGAUUUUUGAAAAAAAAACGAAUUUGGAAAUAUUACGAAUAUUAAAAAAAUAUUUUAUUUCAUUUUCAAAACAAAAAUUGAUGACAAAAAUCGAUGACUGUAUAACCACCUGAUGUCUCCUGCAAAAAAAACUCGAUGAGUAAUGUUGACAAAUUCGAGUUUUGCGCAUUGUUCUCUCAGCGUCUCCAAAUUUUCAAUUAUCUCUAGUUUUUUUCAUUUUUAAUGAUUCAUUUUUUUGUUAUCAUCAGAUGUUUUGUUCGAAUAAUAUGUAAUUGGUAUUUCGAAAUGUUCUUCUUCUUCUUCUUUAUUUUUUAUCAAAUUUAUUCUCCGGAUCCGGCUAAUAGGAGUAAUUUCCCGUUUCCACCCACAAAUCCAUUCACUUCCAUGAAAAAAAAAAAAAUAAUUUCUUAUCACAUGCAUUUUUCGCUGCUCGCUGUCACUUAUCGAUUUUUUCUCAUUCUUCAUUUUUCUUUCGAAUUAAUUUUUUUUCAUUUUCAUUUCUCAUUUCCAGAAAAAAAUUGUUGUUUUAUGGAUCUGUUCAAAAUAUUUGACAAGAAAUCGAAAAAAGGAGAUAAUUCGGAGAAACGAGGUUUGUAUUAGAAACUCUUUGAAUUCUGAUUUUUAAAGUGAGUUAUGACGUGGCACUUUUUUCAGGAAGUAAAAAUAAUAACACUUUGGAACCGGAUGAAAAGAGACCCGCAAGUGCACAAAGUUCAAAUGGUGUAGAUCAGGUAAUUUUUUCAUUUGAAAAUGAAAUUGUUUUCUUGCGGAAAAAAGUUACUGUUGCCUAUUUUUUCUGAAAUUUUUCGGUUUUAUUUACCAACUGACUGUCAAAAAAACCUUUUUCCAAUAAUGUGACCUCAUAUCGUUUUUUUCCGAACGGGAAAAAUGCACUUGACAUAAAUCGUCUCUCCCCAGUUCUUCUCAUAUAUAUAUAUCUAUGUUGUAUUUUUUGUUCUUCACUCACUUAUAAUCGAGAAAAUCUUUAUGUACAUAUAUACAUUUCUAAAUAUAUAUGUAUUUGUUUAAGUGAAGGAGUGAGUGCCAUUUUGUUCUCACCGGAUAGGAUUGUUAUUGUUUCUUCAUCUUCCGUUUUUCCUUAUUUUCUCUCCAUAUUUUUCAGUUACAAUUACAGUUCAAAUCAUGCGGUGUAGAUUCUCACGUGGGCGCGUUAAAUCCGCGCCGAUUCCGCGCGGACAAUCAAUUUUCAAUAUUUUUCCGCAAGAAAACAAUAAAGAAAACAUUGAAGUAAUGAAAAAAUUAACUUUUUGAAUAUAUCUUUUGAAAAAUUUAGGCUCCUUGUGAUUAUGCGAAAUAUGUGAAAGUGCUCGAAGAUUUUAUAUUUGCCACAGAGAAAUUGGGAAUUGAUGGAUUAUCAAAACAAUAUAGGUAAGGAGACCUCUGAUAUUUCGAAAUUAAUAAAGAAAUUCUUCCAGAAAACUCGAUCAAUCCUCCGAUUCUUCAGCAACAUUCGAAGCUUUCAAGCAAAAUAUGUAUAAAAAUCGAUAUUCAGACGUGUUAUGCCGUGAUUCUUCCCGUGUAAAACUACUGAUAGAUUCAUCUAGACAAGGCGAUUAUAUUCAUGCGAAUUAUGUCAAAACACCAUAUUUAUGUAACACAUUUUUAUGCACACAGGGACCAUUGCAAACUACAAUUCCAGAUUUUUGGAGAAUGGUUUUCCAGGAGAGAGCGAGUUCAAUUUUAAUGCUUUGCAGGUGGGACACAAGAUUUUUGAUCCAGAAAAAAUGGAAUAUAUUUUUUGCAGAACAAUUGAAGAAGGCCGCCCGAAAUGCGUUGCUUAUUGGCCAGAAGUUGGAGAAGAAGUCAAAUACGGUUGUUUAGUUGUCAAAAAUAUGAGCGAAUCGCAAGAUGAAUCAAAUAGUUUUGAAAUUAUCGAAUUGAGUGUGAAUUUUGUGGCGGAUGAUAUUCCACAAAAUGAGCAACCCGUGGAUAAAACUGUAUUGCUUGUCAAGUUGAUUAAAUGGCCAAAGUAGGUUUUUUUAAAACUUUUCGUCGGAAAGUUUUUGAUCACGUGAAAGAAAAUCAAUAAUAAUGUUUUGCAGUUGGCCGGAUCGCGGAGUUCCCGAUGAGAAAUGUCAUACAGUUCCGAGAAGAUUAUUAGAUCGAGUUCGACAUGGUUCAUGUGUUGUGCAUUGUUCAGCUGGAAUUGGGAGAACUGGUUGUAUGGUUGCGUUGGAAUUUGCUUAUCGAAGAUUGGAUAUGGGAAUGACUCUGGAUUUUGAGAAGGUAAGGGAUCGCGGUACUUCUAGAGAAGUACAAAUUUUCAUCUUUUUUUUUAAUUGAAACUAAAAAAAAAUAAAAGAAGUUUUUAAUAUUAUUAAUUAAUCGUGUGAUUUUUUAAAACAUUUUGAUAAUCGGGUUAUUUCGAUUGACAGUUUCUUAUAAUAGAUUUUUUUCGUAACAAAAUCAAAGACUGAAAACUGAAAAUAAAAAUAUUUCCAGAUCGCCAUCGAACUUCGAAAACAACGUGCUCAAUGUAUUCAAACAGAAAUCCAAUAUCUAUACAUUCAUCGAGUUAUGAUUGCAUUUUCCCGAGAAAUUGGAAUAUCUGAAAAGGCUCGAAUUUCAGCCGAAUCAUUUUUGAAAUCUUACGACGAUCAUCUUCGAUCCAAACCCUAA